AUGAUAUCCGCGACGGAUAUUGCGGGAACGGCCUUGCGCCUUGUCCAACGUGCCGCCGAAGAGGGCGACCCUGAAGGCUCCGAUGGCUCACAGAAGGAGAUCUUCGCCGCAUGGGCGCUAUUCAUUUCCAUCAUGCUACUCAUUACAGCCUUCUUGACGAGCUACUUCCUCCAAGAGAGGAAGAUUGAGGCCGUCCACGAGACGGUCAUCUCCAUCUUUGCAGGAAUGACUGUGGGACUGCUCUUGCUCGUGACCUCUGGCGAUUCGAUCCGAAACCUCAUUAGCUUCGACUACCAAAUCUUCUUCAACCUACUACUACCACCGAUCAUCCUUGCUUCCGGUUACGAGUUACACCAGGCCAAUUUCUUUAGGAAUAUGGGCACCAUCCUGACGUUCGCUUUUGCCGGAACCUUUCUGUCAGCUGUCGUCAUCGGCCUCAUUCUAUGGCUCUAUGCAUUGACAGGAGUCGAGUCUAUAAGCAUGUCCUUCGUCGACGCCAUCUCUGUGGGCGCGACCCUGUCGGCCACCGAUCCUGUCACUAUCUUGGCCAUCUUCAACUCAUACAAGGUGGACCCCAAGUUGUAUACCAUCAUCUUUGGCGAAUCGAUCCUCAACGACGCCAUUGCUAUUGUUAUUUUCGAGACGGCGCAAAAGUACAAGAAAGGCGAUGCCUCCAAGCUCGGCGUUUUGAGCUUCUUCGAGGGUAUCGGCAUCUUCUUGAUCGUCUUCUUUGGAAGUUUGUUGAUUGGUGUGCUCGUCGGAGUUAUGACGGCAUUGCUUUUGAAACUCACCUACAUUCGACGAUACCCCAAGAACGAGAGUUGUCUAGUUGUGUUGAUCGCGUAUGCUACCUACUUCUUCUCGCAUGGCAUCCACAUGUCUGGCAUUGUCUCAUUGCUAUUCUGCGGUAUAACGCUGAAACAUUACGCUUAUUUCAACAUGUCUCGUCGGACCCAGCUUACGACCAAGUUCAUCUUCCAGAUCCUUGCGCAGCUGUCAGAGAACUUCAUCUUCAUUUACCUCGGUCUAGCGCUGUUCACAGAUAAUGCGCUGCAGUUCCGACCGCUGCUGAUCAUCAUUACUGUUUGCGCUGUUUGCGCUGCUCGCUGGGUAGCGGUAUUCCCCCUGUCUCGCCUCAUCAACUGGGUCAUUCGCUACAGGGCUCGCCGAAGGGGCGGAGGAGAGGUGAGCGAUGAAUUGCCCUACAACUAUCAGGCGAUGCUUUUCUGGGCUGGUUUGCGUGGGGCUGUCGGGGUCGCUCUUGCUGCACUUCUUACUGGCGAAAACUCUUACGCGCUCAAAGCCACCGUCCUGGUGGUUGUGGUGCUAACGGUCAUCAUCUUUGGCGGCACGACGGCGCGUAUGCUGGAGAUCCAAGGAAUCCGCACUGGGGUCGUCGAUGAGAUUGACAGUGACGACGAAUUCGAUAUCGAGUCGUUUAACGGCGGACAAUAUGUCAAGCGCAAUAGCACCGGCAUCGGAUAUAAUCCUAGGCGGAACGGCAGCCUGUCGCUGGACAACAUUUCCUCGCGCAACGGCGCUCGGCCAACGGUGGGAUCCGAACGCAGCAGCUAUGUCUCGGGCUCGCACUCGCCGAACCCGGUCAAGAGACAAUCGAGUCUCAGUCGCAAGAAUUCGGAGAUCGAGAGGUCUGAUCUGCUGGGACGGAGCGGCAACACGACGGACUCGGACCUAGGAAGCGAUAUCGACACGUCGGACCUCCCGCCCCCAGCCCGUCGGGACCCGCGUCGCACAAGCCCAAUGGUCACGCCUGGAGCCUCGCAGGCGACCGGAUCUUCUGCCGGUGGUCUCCUCGCGCAGACCGAGCCUGCCGCCGGAACUUCGGUGGCGCCUCACCACGUUUCAGCGACGACUGCCAUCAGACAGCUCUUCAGCCACGGGGCCGAGGACGCGGCGGGUCUGUUCAGGCAGCUGGACGAGGAUUACAUCAAGCCGACGUUACUGCUUGACGGCAACACCCGCGGCAAUGGCUCUGGCUCCGGGCCGGGUGCGGUCUAG